UGUUUCUUCUGUGACAGUAAUGUAAAAUUUUGUUGUUAACUGGUGUUGACUAAAAGCAAUAUAAAUAUGUUAGAAUCUAUUUCAUUUUCAUCUUCAUCUCAGAUCCCAAACUGCUUAUUUGAACAUGCUUGUUGCUUAAAAUUCUCGAAUUGGUUUGUUACUUUUGGUUUGGUAUAUGGUUAAAUAUAAAGAUUUGAAGAGAAAAUGAUGUUGUUUAAUAAGAAACGCAUGUUUUCAUGGUCUACUGUGACGAUAAUUGUUUUAAUAGUGACAUUGGUUUCAGUUGUUCAUUUGUUCUUCUACCCUUUUGUUCCUUCUUUUGAUUACUUUAGGCAGUAUCAGAACUCUUGUAUACCUAUCAAUUCUACUAAGUCAACCCACAACAAUAUUAUAUCAAAUCAAACCAAAUUUGCUGUUGAUAUACACAAUGGUGUCGUAUAUCGUGGUGCUCCGUGGAAGAAUGAGGUUGGUCAGUGGUUAGCUGGUUGUGAUUCAGUUACUUCUGCUGUUAAAGUCAUUGAGUGUACUGGUAUCAGCAAAUUGGUGGAAAGAGCUGCAGGAAUGAUUGCAGCGGUCAAGGCAUCUGCAAUCGCGAAUUGGGUCAAUGCCGAUGCUUUCAUGGUUUCACUGGUUGGUGAAGAAUGUGCUGAGAGGCAGGAGUUGAGCUGCAACUACCCUAGAUCAAAGGAGAAACCUUUUGGGCAUUGGGUUGUCUCAAUUUGUCCUGCUUAUUGUGACACAACUAGAGCAAUGUGCUUUUGUGGGGAAGGCACAAGAUACCCAAAUCGUCCUCUUGCUGAGACAUGUGGCUUUACAAUCAAUCCUCCAUCCAAACCUGGUGGUGCUCCUGUGACUGACUUCACAAAAGCUGAUCUUGAUGUCUUUACAACAAACGGUAGCAAAAGAGGAUGGUGUAAUGUGGAUCCAGAAGAAGCAUAUGCCUCCAAGGUGCUUUUCAAGGAAGAGUGUGAUUGCAAGUAUGAUGGUCUUUGGGGUCGAUUCUGCGAGGUGUCUGUACUAAGCACUUGUAUAAAUCAAUGCUCUGGCCACGGGUUGUGUCGCGGUGGAUUUUGUCAGUGUGACAGUGGUUGGUUUGGAACAGAUUGCAGUGUACCCUCCGUUUUGUCAUCCAUUAGAGAGUGGCCUCUCUGGCUACGACCAGCGCAGGUUACUGUCCCCGAGAAUGUGAACAGCAAAGGAAAUCUUGUCAAUUUAGAUGCUAUUGUGGAGAAGAAAAGGCCCCUUUUAUAUGUUUAUGACUUGCCCCCAGACUUCAACAGUCUUCUUCUGGAGGGACGUCAUUUUAAACUAGAAUGCAUAAACAGAAUCUAUGAUCAGAGGAAUGCUACAGUAUGGACUGACCAGCUGUAUGGUGCACAGAUGGCACUCUAUGAAAGUAUGUUAGCUAGCCCCCAUCGGACAUUGAAUGGAGAGGAAGCAGACUUUUUCUUUGUUCCUGUUCUUGAUUCAUGUAUUAUAACUCGUGCUGAUGAUGCUCCACACUUGAGCAUGCAGGAACAUAUCCAUGGUGGGUUGAGAAGUUCUCUGACGCUUGAAUUCUAUAAAAAGGCUUAUGAUCAUAUCAUCACAAAGUAUCCUUAUUGGAGCCGCUCAGCUGGAAAGGAUCACAUCUGGUUCUUCUCAUGGGAUGAAGGUGCUUGCUAUGCUCCUAAAGAGAUAUGGAACAGCAUUAUGUUGGUUCAUUGGGGUAAUACAAACUCAAAGCAUAACCAUUCAACAACAGCAUAUUGGGGUGAUAAUUGGGAUCCAAUUUCCUCAGAUAGAAGAGGAAACCACACAUGUUUUGACCCUGACAAAGAUCUCGUACUUCCUGCUUGGAAACGACCUGAUGAAAGUUCUCUAAGUGCUAAAUAUUGGUCCAGACCUCGUGAGGAGCGGAAAACAUUCUUCUAUUUUAAUGGAAAUCUUGGACCAGCUUAUGAAAAUGGAAGACCAGAAGAUACGUAUAGUAUGGGUAUAAGGCAAAAAGUGGCUGAAGAAUUUGGAUCAACCCUUAACAAGGAAGGCAAGCUUGGCAAGCAGCAUGCAGAAGAUGUGAUAGUGACACCACUACGUGCUGGGAACUACCAUGACGAAUUGGCAAGUUCCGUCUUUUGUGGGGUUAUGCCUGGGGAUGGUUGGAGUGGACGAAUGGAAGAUAGUAUUUUGCAAGGAUGCAUUCCUGUGGUGAUUCAGGAUGGGAUAUACCUACCAUAUGAGAAUUUUCUCAACUAUGAAAGUUUUGCAGUUAGGAUACGUGAAGAUGAAAUACCUAAUCUGUUAAACAUUCUUCGGAGUUUUAAUGAGACAGAAAUAAAAUUCAAAUUGGAAAAUGUGAAGAAAAUCUGGCAGAGAUUUUUGUAUCGCGAUUCAGUUGUGCUUGAAGCUGAGAGACAAAAGGCAAUACGUGGGAGUGUUGAGGACUGGGGCCUAAAGUUUUUGCAGCUAGAGGAAGAUGAUGUCUUUGCCACAUUCAUACAGGUGUUGCAUUACAAGUUGCAUAAUGAUACUUGGAGACAAAAACUUCUGCAGAAAAAGGAAUUUGGAUUACCUAAAGAAUGCUUGAUUAGAAGAGAGUGAGAAAACAGGAUUCAACACAUGGAGGGUUUUGCUGUGGAUUAAAUGCAGUGCAAAUAGCUAGUGUAUACAACUCCAGUAAGGCUUUUUUUAUCAGUAUACCAAUUAUGAGUCAGCAUUUUCUGUGGAGGGACAACUUAAGGCAAAAACAUGUAUUUUGUUCUUCUUAGUCAGGCCAUAUUUUAUACAUGUAAAUGAGUUAGCUUCCCUAGGAGUUAUAUUUUGUACAAGAUCAAAAUUAGGGUACGUGCCUUACUCUUUGUUUCAUGUUUAUAGAGAAGUCAUAUAUCUGAUUGAUUCACAAAGGGGAAAAUAGUUAGUAAAUGGAAUUUGUAUGAUGAGAUUGAUGUGAAAAUUUCAGGUCAUUGUGUUGUCAAAGAAGUAGAAGAUUGGUUCUAUAUCCAACAAAUUUUAAGUGUUGUUUGUGCAAA